AUGGAUUCCACGAUCGAGUCCAUCCUGUUCAUCGCACGCGAGGUCUACGUCUACCAGAUCCCACCAAGGCAGUCCAACGCGGGCUACCGUGCCGCAGAAUGGGGCGAGAUGACCGAGCCCAUGUGGCGCGGCCGCCUGCGCGUCAUCGAGCGCGGCUCGGACCUCCCGACCGAGUGCCUCCUCCACCUCGAGGACAAGGACUCGGGCGAGCUGUUUGCCCAGGCGCCCUACAAACCCUCGAAGCAGAACCCCAACGGCGGCUGCGAGGCCGUCCUCGACUCGUCGCGCUACUUUGUCCUCACCGUCGUCGACGGCACCAACCGCGCCUACAUCGGCAUGGGCUUCCCCGAGCGCAGCGAGGCGUUCGACUUUAACGUCGCGUUGCAGGACUGGUCCAAGCGGCAGAACCCUCCCAAGCUCCUCCCGACCUCCUCGUCGUCGUCCAGCUCCUCCGCUCCCACCCAGCCCUCGCGCGACUUCUCGCUCAAGGAAGGAGAGACGAUCGCGAUCAAGCUCGGCGGCCUCUCGACCAAGAAGAAGGCGCCGGCGACCGGUGCAGGAGCAGGAGGAGGAGCGGGAGGAGGGGGGCUCGGAGGGUUCAUGCUCCCGCCGCCGCCGCCGGCACCGCCGCGUGGGAGGUGA